AUGGUAGAGGAGAGAAAAGGACCUUCUAGAAUAAAUUAAUAAUGGAAGAUUCCAGAUUACAACCAAAAUGAUAGUGAUAUUGAAGAUCUUUCAGAUGGUUCAAAUGAGGAAACCCCAUAUUAGAUGAGUUUAUAAUAAGACUUACAUGAAAGUUCAAAACAAGAUGAUGAAGUAGAUUUGCUAGCAAUUUAGCAGAAAAGCGUUAAUAGCUAGGAUACUCAGAUUAUAAAGAAUUUUAAUUCAAAUUAUGCUAUGAGAAAUUACUAAUAGACACAGUAGUCAAAUUAGGAAUAGUCAUCUUAUUACAAAGUAAGAAAAACUCAUCCAAAUAGAAGCUCCUAACAAAUGAUUAUUGACUUAAACUAAUAUGAACAAGCACCAGUUAUUAAUAAAGACAAAAGCCAUUAGAGCCUUGAGAGCUUGGAUAUCAAUGUAAUUAUACAUGAUAAAUGCUAGAUAUUUAAAUCGUUAAUCCAAUUUAAUCAAGGUAGGUUGAUGACUGAGACAGAGCAUAUGCUAUCAAAAUCUCAUUCUUCAUUUUAAAAUGGAAAAUCUGAUGAUUCGGAGAAUGACUAAGACUAGGAAUCAUUUGAUUAUGAGGGUUUCAGUGACAAAUAAAUUUAAAUAGAUAGAAAUUUAAACAUAGAAUCCUCUCUAAUAAAUAAAGGUGAAGAUAAGAAUUAAAAAAGUUUCAUUAAAAGAUUCUAAACUAUCUAUAAAACAGUAUAAAGAAGACCAACAAGAAAAUUAACACUUGAUAAAUAGAGCUUGCUAAGUUAACUUGAGCAUUAACAUAGCAAUGACAGUGAAUUACUUCUUCAAAUGAGAAAAUUUAAUGUCAAGCUAUUGGAAUAUCCCAUAAUGCUAUCCAAGGUUUUUGACACCUUAGAUAAAAAAACUAUAAUAUUAGAUGGAGAGUUAAUGAGGCAUAUAGCAGGGUAUGAUAGAUAAUAUCAUUUAAGGUACAUAUAACUAACAUCAUCUCAAAUUAAAAUAUAUAAAAAUCAAGUCAAAUCUAUAUAUAAACCUCAUCCUACAGUCAUUAUAGAAUUGAAUAAAGUGUUGUGUGCAAAAAGAAUUUAAGAGCAAACUAAUACCAACGAUGAAAUACUUGGUAAAUAUGAUAUGUACCAAUUUGAAAUAAUUGUAAAUUAAGUCAAAGAGGACUUAUCUAAUUAACAAAGUAGCAUUAAGAAAUUAAAGAGAUAAAUUACUUAGAAUAGCAAUAAUGCAUUUACUUUCAAUUAAAGCCCAGCAAGAUGUUUAAACGUUUUUGAGCAGACACCAAACUAAGAAAUAAGUAUCAAUCUUGAGCAGAUUAGAAUAUAAUCAAAGCAUUAAAGUUAAAAGCCAUAACUUUCAGCAACAAAAACUUUUAGGCCAAAAAAAUCUAUUAAAUUGGAUGAAGUAAUUUAAAAACCCUUGAUUAAAGAUGUACUCAGUGAUAAUAAUUUACUUGUUUAGGAGAUGAUAAAUAAUCUAUCAGAAUUUAUAGAAAUUCCAAAGCAAAUAGAAGUGCAUUAAAGACUAGUCAGAUCGAGAUCAAGAUCAAAAUCUAUUGACUUACCUGCAUCUUGGUCAAAUAAAAAAGCAUAGCUUGAGUAAUCUAUGCAGCGAUUCAUAUUUGCAUGCUAAAGUGAUGAGGAAGCUGAUCGGUGGGUUACCAUUAUAAACUCAGUCAAAUUUCUUCAGAAGAAUUUAGAGGAUAAACAAAUUGAAUAAAGAUGUGUUGUUGAAUAGUUCUUAGAUCUAUCAUCAGACAACCAAUAUGAGUUCUUAACGAACUAAUAAAAUCUAGAGAACAUCUACGAAAAAUACUAUCAAUUCAAGUAUUACUAUGAUGCAAUUAAAGACUAAUCUAUUAAAAGUUCUAUAAUUGAACUCACUCGAGAUGAUGCCAUAUAUUUAAAGUCAGGAAUAAUAGAAAGAUAAGAUCUUAAGAAAGAAAUUUAAGAAUGUAUUCAAAGUUUGGGAGGAUAAGUAUUCUUCAAAAUGAGGAGGAGUCCAAAAGAUGCAUUCACAUCAAUAGAUAAGACAAUUAAUGGUGAAUGGACUUAAAAGUGGAAGGUUAACUUAGAAGAAGAACCAUAGAGAUACUUUAUGAGGAUAUAAACUGUAUAGCAAUUAGAGCUUUUGUGCAAGAAUAGCUAAAGAAUUUAAGAGGACUUGAGUUUAAAUGAUGAUUAGCAGAUUGUUUUAAGAGAAUUCAUAGAUUUAAAAGGUUGGGAAUUUAGAUGCUUUGUCUGUAAUGGUAAUCUCAAUGGAGUGACUAUUUAACCAAAUCAAGAUAUUUCAAAUUUGGAUAUUGAUGCAACAUAGAAGUUCUUUAACUCCUAAUAAACUUUAGACUUCCUUAGAAAAAUAGAAUAUCCCCAUGCUGUUAUUGACAUAAAUAUGAAUCCAGAAUUCGAAAUCACAAUAAUUGAAAUCAAUCCUUAUGGGAAAUUAGCUUAAUCAGGCAAAUUUUCCUGGGUGAUUGAUAGGAAGAUACUCAAUGAUGGAUUAAAUACAUUUGGAGAAGUUACAAUCAGAAUAAUUUGA